CUUCUGCUCUGCUAAUUCAUUUUUAGGGUUUAAGAAAGGCUUUUGAAAGCGAAUGAAGUUUUAUUCACAGAAUAAAUAAAAAGUACAUUUUCCCACUUUCCAGCAUACAUUUUCCUAUUUAUUUAUUUUUAAUUUGUAAGUUUCCAUAUGUAGAUCCAUAAUGCAGCGAUCCUUAACAUCGCUGGUUCGUCCUUUGAUGGCAAAGAGAGGGUUUAGUACGAACUCUGAGAAAAUCGUUGCAUCCGUGCUGUUCGAGAGAUUGCCUGUUGUUAUUCCACAAAUAGACCCCGUGGUUUAUGCAUUCCAAGAGUUCUCGUUUCGGUGGAGACAACAAUAUCGGCGCAGAUAUCCAGAUGAAUUCUUAGAUAAGUCUAACUCUAGGGGAAAAGGUGACUACCAAAUUGACUAUGUUCCAGCUCCUCGGAUUACCGAAGCUGACAAAACGAAUGAUAGAAAAUCAUUACAGAGAGCACUUGACAGAAGACUGUAUCUUCUAAUCUAUGGCAAUUCUUUUGGAGCUUCCGACGGUAAGCCUGUUUGGCAUUUACCAGAAAAAGUAUACGAGUCAGAGGAGACAUUGCGCAAGUGUGCAGAGUUUGCUUUAAAAUCUGUCCUUGGAGACCUUUCCCACACUUAUUUUGUUGGAAAUGCUCCUAUGGGUCAUAUGGUUGUACAGCCUACUGACAAAGUGCAAGAUAUUCCAUCUUGUAAGCGAUUCUUCUUCAAGUCUCAGGUGAUUGCAACCAACAAGUAUAAAAUUGGGAACUGUGAGGAUUUUGUUUGGGUAACCAAGGAUGAGCUUUUGGAGUAUUUUCCUGAGCAAGCUGAAUAUCUUAACAAGAUGAUCAUUAGCUGAUGUGGAUAUCUUAGUUGACUUCGAGCCACACAUAUUGGCAUAUUGUUUCUGUUUUGCAUUAAAUUCUUGCAAUUUGACAGAAUGAAUUUUGACAGUCUAGACGGAAAGUCAAGCCAACAUGGAGAGUGUGAGCUGCUGAUCACCAUUAUGCGGUCUAGAUGAACUUUGUUGGGACUAUAAAUUUUUGGAACUCGUUGUUCUGAUUUGUAA